AUGAAUGCUGCAAAGAAAGUGAAAACGAGUGGCAAGAAGCUGGUCCUUCCACGGCUUUGGUCCGAGGACGAUGAGGUGCGCUUGCUUGAAGGAAUUCUUGAAUUCCGAUCUGCUACAGGUAAAACAUACCUCGAAGACAAGGAUGGAUUCUACCACUUCAUCAAGGAGUCUUUCACCGUUAAGGUUACUUUCUUACAAUGCAUGUCAAAGAUUACAAAACUUAAAAAGAAGUAUCAGAAGAGAGAUGAAAAAAGUAAGAAACCGUCUACUUUGAAACCUCUUGAUCUUAAAGCUUUUGAACUGUAUGGGAAAAUUUGGGAAAACCCGGUAUCUGAAACGAAUGCUGCUGAAGAUUCAAGAAGAAGUGACGGGAUUCAGAAGCUGGAAAGUGAUCAUAAGAAUGUGAUGAAUCAUGGGCAAGGAGGAGAUUGGUUUUGCAACUCGGUUUUGUUUUGUAUGGUUGCUUAUCUUUGCAGGGAUGAAGAUGCAGUGAAAAUAGAUUGGGGUUGGGUUUCAGAAGAGAAGAAGAGGGAAAUGAUGGACCGAUGGAGAGUCUUGAAGGCCAAAAAUGACGAAACUCUCUUACAAAAAUCAGCCUUUUUGGAUGAUAUUGUCUCUCUUAUCCAUCGUUGA